AAGUUUCAGCUCUCCUUCUCUGUUUCACGUUUCUGUGGGCGCUCUCUACUCUGCCAUGCCUUCUCUACACGACCCAUUUUUGACCCGAUUCGUUUAGCCCCGGGGGAAAUUUGCUUCGUUUCAGAUCCUACCGCCGUUUCGUUUCUUCCACUUCCGUAAAAGAGAAGAGUUCCACGCCCGUUUCUUCUUCUUCUUCUUCUUCAGAUCAGUCUUUUUUUUUUUUUGCCGUUUCGCGUUUCUGGUUUAUUUGGGCUGAAAAGAUCCGAUUCGAUUGUAUUGAAUGGAGGAAAAUGAUAACAAGAUGAACAAAACGAUGACGUCACCAGUCGGUAUGUCGGACGUCGUUUUAGGCUGCGUGAUGCCGUACAUCCACGACCCGAAAGACCGGGACGCAGUUUCGCUCGUGUGCCGACGUUGGUACGAGCUCGACGCGUUGACGAGGAAGCACAUAACGAUCGCGCUUUGCUACACGACGAGUCCCGAUCGGUUGCGACGUCGUUUCCAGCACUUGGAAUCUUUGAAGUUGAAAGGCAAGCCUCGGGCGGCGAUGUUCAAUUUGAUACCUGAGGAUUGGGGAGGGUACGUGACGCCGUGGGUGAAUGAGAUAGCUGAGAAUUUUAAUUGCUUGAAAUCUUUGCAUUUUAGAAGGAUGAUUGUUAAAGAUUCGGAUCUGGAAGUUUUGGCUCGGUCUAGAGGGAAGGUUUUGCAGGUUUUGAAGCUUGAUAAAUGCUCUGGUUUCUCUACUGAUGGUCUCUUGCACGUUGGACGCUCCUGCCGGCAAUUAAAAACCUUGUUCCUGGAAGAGAGCUUAAUUGUUGAGAAAGAUGGUCAAUGGCUUCAUGAGCUUGCAGUAAAUAACUCAGUUAUGGAGACUUUGAACUUUUAUAUGACAGAUCUUGUCAAAGUGAGUUUUGAAGACCUUGAACUUAUUGCUAGAAAUUGUCGCAACUUGGCCUCUGUGAAAAUUAGCGAUUGUGAAAUUUUGGAUCUUGUUGGUUUCUUUCCUGCUGCUGCUGUUUUAGAAGAAUUUUGUGGUGGUUCUUUCAAUGAGCAACCGGAUAGGUACCAUGCUGUAUCAUUCCCCCCAAAGUUAUGCCGUUUGGGUUUAACAUACAUGGGGAAGAAUGAAAUGCCAAUUGUGUUCCCUUUUGCAUCCUUGCUUAAAAAGUUGGAUCUCCUCUAUGCAUUACUUGACACAGAAGACCACUGCUUGUUAAUUCAGAGAUGCCCCAACUUAGAAGUUCUUGAGACAAGGAAUGUUAUUGGAGAUAGAGGAUUAGAAGUUCUUGCUCGAAGUUGUAAGAGACUAAAGAGGCUUAGAAUUGAAAGGGGUGCUGAUGAGCAGGGAAUGGAGGAUGAAGAAGGUGUGGUUUCACAAAGAGGAUUAAUGGCUUUAGCUCAGGGAUGCCUUGAAUUGGAAUACUUGGCUGUUUAUGUAUCUGACAUCACCAAUGCAUCAUUGGAAUACAUUGGGACUUACUCAAAAAAUCUCUCUGAUUUUCGCCUAGUCUUGCUUGACCGAGAAGAAAGGAUAACAGAUUUGCCUCUUGAUAAUGGAGUCCGGGCUCUAUUGAGGGGCUGUGAAAAGCUUAGAAGAUUUGCUCUGUACCUCCGACCUGGUGGUUUGACUGAUGUAGGCCUCAGUUAUAUUGGGCAAUACAGUCCGAAUGUAAGAUGGAUGCUUCUAGGUUAUGUUGGGGAGUCGGAUGCCGGGCUUUUGGAGUUCUCUAAGGGAUGCCCAAGCCUGCAGAAACUAGAAAUGAGGGGUUGUUGCUUCAGUGAGCAUGCACUUGCAGUUACUGUGAUGCAAUUAACUUCCUUGAGGUAUUUGUGGGUGCAAGGAUAUAGAGCGUCACAAUCAGGUCGUGAUCUUUUAGCAAUGGCUCGUCCAUUUUGGAAUAUCGAGCUAAUUCCUGCAAGACGAGUAGUUAUGAAUGAUCAGGUUGGAGAGGCUGUUGUGGUUGAGCAUCCGGCUCAUAUACUCGCGUAUUACUCCCUAGCUGGACCAAGAACAGAUUUUCCAGAAACUGUUAUUCCUUUGGAUCCAUUAGUUGCUGCGUAGAGCUGUAAAUAUGACCUAUUUUUCGAAGUGUCCAUUUUUCCCAUCCACGUUCUGUCUAUAAAGUUUCUGCACCUUUCUCUUUUCUCUUUUCCUUUCCUUUUUGUUUAGAGGGUUUCCAAUUUGAUAUUUCAUUUUCGAUUUUAUUUCUAGACUUUGUCCUGUAAUAAGAUUGUGUUUUCUUCUGUAAUUUUGAAAGCACUUGCACUCUUGGUGGGCUACUGUUUUUGUCCCUUGUCCCUGGAAAAAGUAGUGAAUGACUCUUAACGGAAUA